UUUCAUCAUCCAAGAUGAAACUAGUACAUGUACUCGAGACAGCAGGUCCCAAUGAUCAACAUGAUACCAUCGACAACUCGAAGGUCCCAAUGAUCAAUCUCGAACAACCGCAAUUGAGGCUGUACCUAAUACAUCUUUGGACGCAUCCUACAUCCUUGACGAAAUGUAUGGAC